CAUGGACGGCCCAGCCGAAAAACGAAACGGAAAGCGGAAACAUCCGAGAAUCCGAGUUUGAGUUGUGUGACUGUUUGAUACGAAAAGAUAGUCAAAAUCCUCAGUAUUUAAUCAUAUUUCCUUGUGUGUAUUCCAGUUUUAAUGAAUUUUUUCAAUAAUUUAUUAAAUAGAGACUCAUUUUAAAAAUGCUGAACUGAUAAAAUCUGUGAGGAAUCCACAACUUUAUCAAAAUGUUCCAAGGUUUCAACUCUUCAGCGACUAACAGCUCGCCGUUUGGUCAGUCGACAUUUGGCGCCAAACCGGGAGGCGUGACUGGAACAGGGACUGCCUUUGGGGGCGGCACUACUGCCUUUGGAGGCGGCGCUGGGGGCGGAUCGUUGUUUGGAGGCGGCGGACAGACGGGGGUGGCGACCGGGGGCGGGCUGUUUGGCAGUGCGGGCGGAACCACCACUGCUUUUGGACAGACGCAGAAUGCUCAGCCCGCGUUUGGCGGAUUCGCGGGAACGUCAGGCGGCCUGUUCGGCUCACAGCCGGGGGCGGUAGGCGGAGGCAGCGGAGGCGGAGGCCUGUUUGGGGCGGCGAGCAAUGCGGCCACCACUGGCGCCGGAGGCGGUGCAUUUGGGGCAGCUGCGGGGGCGGCCAAGCCGGGAGGCGGAUUUGGCGGGUUUGGUGCGACAACAGGGGUGGCUGGCGGUGCCGGGGGUGGAGGUCUGUUUGGCUCGCAGACGGGGGCGGUUGGUGGGCAGACGGCGCAGACGCCGCUGUUUGGUGCGGCCGCCCCCGCUGCUGGGGGCGGUGGGUUGUUUGGGGCUGGUGCUGGUACAUUUGGCGCCACGGCGACGGCGACCGGAGGUGGCACAACUAUCAAGUUUACGCCGGUGACCGGCACGGAUACCAUGGUGAAGAGUGGCCAGACGUCCACCAUCAACACGCGACACCACUGCAUCACCUGCAUGAAGGAGUACGAGGCCAAGUCGCUGGAAGAGUUGCGACUCGAGGAUUAUGUCGCCAACCGCAAGGGACCGCAACAGGGUGUUCAGUCCGGUGGCCUGUUUGGAGCGUCCUCCCAGCCGUCGCUGUUUGGAGCCAGCACUAUGGGAUCAACUUCGACCACCGGUGGACUUUUUGGCAGUACGGCUGGCACAGGUUUUGGUGGCACAUCAGGCAGUGUGUUUGGGAGCAGCGGCGGCGGUCUGUUUGGGAAGACUGCGACUGCGCAGCCGAGUGCAUUCGGCUCCACGGCGGCCACCACCUCGCAGAACACUUUCGGCUUCAAUGCGCAAACAACCACCAACAACCUCUUCGCCAACAACACGGCCAACAAGCCGUUUGGAGCGGCUGCACCUCAAGGAGGAGGUCUGUUCGGAACGGCAACAUCGCAGCCUUCUUUUGGAGCAACCACCACCAGUGGAUUCGGUGCUUUUAGUACCACUCAAAAUCAGCAGCCGUCGCUAGGUUUGUUCAACCAGAACAAACCGUUCCAGAUGGGAGCCGGUACGACGGGGGCGGCAACCACCCAGGGUACCGGAGGGGCGUUCGCGUUUGGGGGCCAGCAGACAGGGGGCGUCGGCACAGGGGCUGCAGGAGGAUCGUCGCUCUUCGGCGCCAAGCCGGGCGGAUUCGGCGCCUUUGGCCAGACGACCGGUGUGGGAGGGACCAACGCCUUGGGCGGCGCUAAUAGACCCGCUUUUGGCGCCACGACUGGAGGCGGACUGGAUUUUGGGGCUGGUGGACAGACGGGGCAGACCCUGGGUGGGGGAGGGUUCGGUACCUUCAAUAAGCCGAACACGUCGUUUAGUUUUGGCAGUAAUACUGGCACCGGUGGUACGCUGGGCGGAGGCCUGAACCUAGGCGGUGGGAGCAGUCUGUUUGGCAGUAACCAGGCGAAACCAGGCGGCCUGUUUGGCACGUCGACCAGUGGCGGCGGUCUGUUUGGUAGCACGACCGGAAGCACGUUUGGUGGCACGACCGGAAGUGCGUUUGGCGGCGCAACCAGUGGCGGUGGACUGCUGGGAGGGGGGUCGACGCUUGGGGGUCUCGGUGGCACGUCUAUGAUGAUGGGUGGCACGACAAUGCAAAACAACCAGAACGUGAACAAUCCAUUGAGCCAGCAGAUAAUGGCCCUGGCUUCGGUACCUUUCGGCGAUAUGACACUUUUCAAAAAUGUACUUCAGAUAACCGGUAAAACAGACGAACUAUUGAAGCCUACAAGUCCAGCUGCUCAGAAAGCCAUCAACAGUGGACAGAAUUUCACAGUUUCUCCCCGCAGUUCAUCCAAAAUCAAAGUCAAACCAAUUGGAGCUUCUAAUCUGAUGAAGAAAUCGCUGUUUGGCGGUCUAGACGACGAAGACACGAACAACAACAACAACGAUUCGUGGCUGGUGAAGCCAAGUCCCAAACGACUAAUACUGCGCACCGCCAAACCCACUGCGGGCGACGACAGUAUGACGUCACUGAUGACGUCAUCACGCGGCGGUGCAGGGGGAAGGCUGCUGUUGACCUUGAACAGUAGCGCGGCUGGAGGGGGAAGCGGAGGCCCAGGUGGUGGGGGAAUGUUGACCUUGAACAGUAGCACGGCUGGAGGGGGAAGUGGAGGGCCGGGUGGUGGGGGUAAUCAGGACCCAGAGGAGGAGGUGACUUUCCUCACACUCGGUACGCCCAAGUUUAUACAGCAGCGCGGUCAGUCGACGCCCGUUAGCAGUCGGGAGACUGAGAAGCAGAGUGGGGGAACAGCUGAUAAAAGCAAAGAUCAGUCAAUAUCUAGUCCAACAAAUAAAUCGAAUACUUCACUGGAUAACAAUGAUAGUACAUCCGGACAACAGAAAGGCCAGUCACCUUCAGGAAACAAGUCGGUUGCUGAGGACAGCAGCUGGGCUGAAAAGUCGGUUUCAAAUUAUACGCAGACUCAGAAUCAGAGCUCGGAGAAUAAGGAGAACCCUGACCAUUCAACAUCUUCCACAUCAGAUUCUGAGUUGGAAGAGUCGCUGUUACCAGACAUGGAGCCGCAGAGCGGCGAUCACCCGACCGGCAUCCGACUGCGUCGCGUCGGCUACUACACGAUUCCAUCGCUGGCCGACCUGGCGCAGCUCAUGGACGCCGAAGGCCGAUGCGUCGUCGACAAUUUCACCAUCGGCCGUCUCAACUACGGCAACGUCUUCUAUCCGGACUCGUUCGACGUCAGCGGGCUGAAUAUCGACGAGAUCGUGCACAUCCGUCACAAAGAGAUCGUCGUCUACGCCGCGCAGGUGACCUUGGACCGAGUGUGGCCCACCGACAAGGCAAGCCGGCUGCCCGUCAGCGACCCACAACAGCUGGCCAGGUUGGACUACGAGGCCCGCCUCAGAAAGGCCUCAGCCAAGAACAAGACCCGCUUUGUCGAGUACCGUCCGCAGACCGGCUCAUGGGUGUUCAAGGUCGAGCACUUCUCCAAGUACGGCCUCAGUGAUUCGGACGAUGAGGGCGAGGGUGGAGAGGGGGCCGUGCCGUCCGAGGUGAAGAAGUUGAAGCUGGCCAAGGCGCAGUUUGCACAGAAAGAGUUGGGGGUUCGGCGAGGCCUAGACAUGCCGGGACAACCUCUGGCGACCAACGGCCACGGGGCGGUCAGCAAGUCGGUGUUUCUGGAUGAGGGAGACCAGGAUAUGUGCGAACUGAGUGACGCGCCUCUCAAAUCGUUAUUCAAUGGCGCCGAUGAACUAGACCUGAAUCACAAAAGUCCGACGGCCAGAUUCGCCACCGAACUUGGCGCCACAUCGCAGAAAGUGCAAAUGAUGAAACAGUCUUUCUAUCACGAGGACGAAGAGGACGAAUACAACGAGUACAAUGACUACAUGGAGAUGGGUGAGUUUGGAGCAGACAGGAUGUUGGACGUAGACGUUGAGGCAUAUGAACGUGAUCACCUGUCGCUUAUGAAGAAAACGUCAUCCAAAAUGGCCAACGGUCUCUCUCUGUUGCGCUCUCACUUUGGAAGUCCGCUUUAUGAGGCUGCUCCCCCUGGACUGCUUGCUUCACCCAAAGUACGAGACCUGUUACCUGUGGCGACGGCGGCAGUUGGCAAGCCUGUUGUGGGUGCAGGGGGUGGAGUCCCCUGCUGGCAGGUCCCCCUCCACCCGUGGUCCAGCCCCAAAGCCUGGUCCUCACUGGCCCAUAAACAGCAGGCGCACUGUCUCAGCGAGUUCUCCGUGUUUAUGGGCAGGAGGUUCAGGGUAGGUUGGGCACCUUCGUGCACCUUGCUGAGUCUCAGCUCGCAGAAGCAAUCAGCUGCCGGCAGUGGGAUGGAAUCAGCUGAUUUGGGUCAGCUGUUGGCCCCACGUGACGCAGACGACCUCUCGCCCACUGUGCUGCAACGCAUACGGCUAAAGGGCGGGCUCGAGGAUGAUUUAGCCACCGACUUUCAGGAAUCGAUAAUCGAGCACAUGGAGGUGGCUCUGUUGCACUCGAUAGUUGGCGACGAAGACGGCUGUCCUGUGUUCGCGCCGAGCGCGGGCAACGACGAACUGCACGCGCAGUGCGCGUGUGCAUCUGCCGCGCAUGCCGCGAACAACGCCAGUGCUCAGACGACGGCCAUCUGGGAGUUGUGUGUGGCGCUGUGGGGCGAUCUGGAGGUGUAUGACAGCGAGGAGGGUGAAGGGAGCUACUGGGCAUCGCAGGAGCGCAAACGAGCGGUGAGCGCGUGGCUGGAGAACUGCGCUCAAGGUCAGAUCAAGGACGAGUUGGGCAGAUGCAGCGACAAUGUGCCGCGCACCCUCUUCACGCAUCUCACCGCGCAUCAGCUGAUCGACGCCUGCCAAACGGCACAGGACAACCGCGAGCACUUUAUGUCGCUGCUGCUCUCACAGGUGGGAUGCAGCGCGGCAGUGCAAACGUUGGCCUCUCAACAGCUGGCUCAGUGGACGGAGACACGCGCUGACGAAUUGAUCGACGUCGAUCGUCUUAAGUUGGUGCAACUGGUUGCUGGAGUGCCCCUCUUGAUGGCAACCAAGGGCGUGGUGAACGUGUUUGAGGGUGUGGACUGGCGCCGGGCGCUGGCCAUGCAUGUUUGGUACAUGUGCGCGCAGUCGGCCUCCCUCACCGAUGUCCUCCUCAAGUAUGAGGCCGCCUUCCAGGGCGAGGACGGAUAUGCGGCUAAGCCGUUGCCACAUUACAGUUCAGAAUGGGAGACCAGUACCUCGAGCGGCACCAGUGACCCAAUCUUUGACACGUGUUACCACCUGCUUCGCCUCUACAGCUUCCGUUCACAUCCGCUAGAGCGCCUGCUGAACCCGGCCACCCACACUCGCGACCCACUCGACUACAGGCUCAGUUGGCUGCUGAUGCGUGUGCUGGAUGCCCUGGGAUAUUCACAUCUGUCUCAGUUGGCGCAUGCGCAAAUCCACACGGCGUUUGCGUUGCAGCUGGAGUCGCACGGACUCUGGCAGUGGGCGGUGUUUGUGUUGUUACAUCUCAGUGAUGGUAAGAGACGUAGGAGUGCGGUUGAAGACAUGGUGGGACGUCACGUGACGUUGGCGCGACCCGAUGAGCUGACUGAGGAGGAGCGAUUUGUGUUGGAGAAGCUGCGACUGCCCAAAAAGUGGCUCUUCACCGCCAAGGCCGUCUUGGCAAAGUCCUUCUCAAGACACGAGGAUGAAGCUAUCUUCCUCCUGGAAGCCGAGGACUGGAAUCAAAGCCACGAGGUGAUAAUGCAACACAUUGCUGCCAAGGCUAUUAUCAACGAGCGGUACGACUAUAUGUGGCGCCUGCUCGAGGCGCUGGUUGGCGCACGUCAGGAGCGCGCGGCGCAGGUUUGCGGCUGGGAGACGCGCGGCGCACUCGUUUGGCACUAUCUGCGCGUGGUGGAUGAAGUGAACGCUGCACUGGAGCGUCGCAACCCCUAUCACCUUGAAAAACUGCAGCCCGAACUGACCAGUCUUUGUCAGCGCAUUGUACUCCUGCCUACGCCCACUGCAUUGCAUAGGUUAUGUCAAGCUGAAAUAGUGAAGAGGAUCGCAAACCUGAUCUACAGUCUGUUUGUGUUGCAACGCAACGAGGGUGACCUGGAGUCGGUGAGUCGGCUGGCUCGGCUCAUUUCAAAUCUGCCGCUUCCCGAGGACUACGCCCAUCAGGAGAUGCGGCAAAUGGUCACCUCCUGGCUGGAUACCACGCUCUGAACACUUGGCAAUUGAAAACUGUGCAUUUUCUACCACUAUUUUCAUUAAUUUUUAUUGAUAUUUUCUACAUGCAAGCUGGUUCUUCAUCGCAGAAGGGCGUUCAACAGAAAACUGUGCAUUUUCCGCCACAAUAUUCAUUAAUAAUCAAAGUUUCAUAGAUACAAUUCAAUGGUGACCACAUGGCUGGGUUCUACGCUCUGAACACUUGGAAACUAAAAACUGUGCGUUUUCUACCACUAUUUUCAUUAAUUUUAAUUGAUAUUUUCUACAAGGUGGGUUUUCAUCGCAGAAGGGCGAUCAACUAAAAACUGUAAAUUUUUAGCCACAAUAUUCAUUUAUUCAAGUUUCAUUAAUAUUCAAUUCAAUGGUGACCUCAUGGCUGGAUACUUCGCUCUGAACACUUGCCAACUAAGAACUGUGUAUUUUUAGCCACAAUAUUCGUUAAUUCAAUUUUUAUUAAUACAAUUCAAUGGUGACUUCAUGGCUAGAUACUACGGUAUGAACACUUGACAACUGAAAACUGUACAUUUCCAUCAAAACUCAUUAAUUCAAACUGAUCUUUCCUACAAACAAUGAGGUUUUUCAUCGCAGAAGAGCGUCCAAUUGAAAACUGAUCAUUUUCCGCUAAUAUUUCCAUUGAUUAAAACUGAUAUUUUCUACAAUGUGGUUUUUCAUCGCAGAAGGUCGUGGGAUUUUUCAACUUGUUGUGGGUAAUACCUAUCAAAAUACAUGAAUAUCAUUGUUUGGAAGCCAUAAUUUGAAGAGUGUGAUUUUAACUCAGCUUGAUCGCUCUGAACACCUCCACUGAAAAUUGUGCAUUUUCUGUCACAGUUUUUAUUAAUUAAAAGUGAUAUUUUCUACAAACAAGGUGUUUUUUCAUCGCAGAAGGUCGUGGGAUUUUUCAACUGUGUGAUACAAGAUUUAGGAAAUCGUAUUGUGAACAGCGGAAUUGACCUACAGUAGGAUAAUAUCUAUAAAAAACAUGAAUAAUAUUGUUUUGAUACUAUAAUAUGUACAUUGGGAUUUUAAAUGUCGGCUUGUCAUGAAUGACACCUAUCUAAGGACUUGGGAAAUGAUAUUGUUUGGAUAACAUAAAAGGAACAGUGGAUUUACCUACACUUUGAUUUGAUAAUACUCAUCAAAAUCAUUGAUAAUAUUGUUUGAAUACCAUAAUGUGAAUAGUGGAUUUUAUAACUUUGGGCUUGUCGUGAAUGAUAGAUAGCCUACUUAUUAAAGGACUUGGGAAAUGAUUUUGUUUUUGUUUGGAUACUAAAAUGUGAACAAUUUUGAAUAGUGCAAAUCUAGCUUUUUCUAUGGAAACUAUAGUUUUUACUGCAGAUAGACAUGGAAGGUUUUUCUUAACUUUGCAUUUUCUUGUGGUGGAUACCUAUUGAAAGAUCUAGGAAAUAAUUUGUUGGAUACCAUAUAUAGUGAACUAUUUUCAAUAGUGUUUGUUAAUUGACAUUUUGUAUGAAUCUGUGAAUGUUCAUUGCAUUGGAAACAGGCCGGGAUGAAGUUUAUAUUGCAUUUUCUACUGGAUUACUCCUAUCAGUAAAAUUAUUUAAUAAAAGCUCACGACAUUGUUAACCAUACGUGAUAUAAUUCCUCACGUCUGGACUCCCACAAAACAGUGAAAAUAUAAUUCCCAUAUGUUCUAAUGGGAUCUUUCAUACUCGCUCCGCCAAGCUGGAUGAGAAUGGUCCAAUUAAAACUUAUGGGAAUUAUAUUUCCACUGUUGUGUGGGAAUACAUCUUUAUAAUAUUAAUAUUUGUGUACAAUUGAUUGUGAUUGAUUAUCUUUAUAAAACUUGAGAAUAGGUCUAAAUUAAAAUGUGAAAUCCCAUUACUGGCUGUACUAGAGUUGUCUUUAAGUUAAAAUUGCAUAAUUUGAAUAAUUGUUUUGUUAGUGUUGAAAAAAUUUAGUAAGAAAUCUGUCAAUUUUCCACUAUUUAUUCGCUAUAUUUGACUUUGUCGAUAUAAGAAGUAUGAUUUCUCAUUUAGCUUGAUUUAAUGUAAACUAUGUUGAGUUGCUAGGAUUUAAUUUAUGAUUGUUUGAGGAUGAUUUUAAAACUAUUGUAUGAGUCAGUGAAAUAUGAUGAAGUGUGUAAAAACUUCAAUAAAUUGUACUCCAAUACGUGAAACUUUGAAUUAUGAAAAUUCAAAGCAAUAUAUGUGAUCGUUACUUAGAAUUUACUUCAAUUUCAAAAACAAUACACAGGAUAUAAUAUCUACUGUCAACAUUUUUCAUGUAUGUUUAUUUGUGGUGAACUCUCUAAAUUGAUCCAAUUUUAAAUAAUUGAAUUAGUUUUACGUGCAGUCAAUUAUUUUUGUCGUGUUUAAAUUUGAAAAGUUUACAAAUAAUUCACAAGAUUUUCUAAUGAUUGAUCAUUUCACUUGAUAUUCAUCCAAUCUUAGUACUGAAAUUAUUUAUUUCUAUAUUAGUCAGACAUAUUUUUAUUUUCCAAAAAAUUGUUACUUCAAUCCCAAAAAUAUUCUCUUUGAGUAUUGAGAACUAGUAAACAAUCUACUAUCUUUAAGUGAUUCAAUUGUUGAAUUUAUUAGCUUAAAUAUAAUUUACUUGGCGUAAAUUUUUUGACAGUAGCCUACAGUGUUUUUGUUUUUAUUAAAAAAAUAAGUUUUGACGCUGAUGUAGGCUCAGGCUAGCUCCAGCUGGUUGCCAGUAUAUGAUAAUGAGCAAUAACUAUAAUUAUUAUGUACACAUAAUGUUUCCAUUUUUCUAGCUACAAUUUUUCGAAAAAAUUAGAUUUGUCAUAAUUUCCACAUAAAUAUAAUGUACAGCAGAUUUAUACAGGAUAACUAAUGUAAGAAUUUCAAAUAUCCAUUGAUAGCAUUAUAAUACCACCUACUUAUUAUUACGCAUAUAUUUUUGUAUUGUUUGAAAAGUAAUUUGAUAAUUGAAAAAUAAAAGUUACAUUGUUUUCUACUC